AACUUAAACCCCAAACAAACCCUCUCCGUCGCAUCGCCGCCGCCGCCGCCGGCGCACCCAAGCAACCAUGGCCUUGGCCGCCGCCCUCGCCCGAGCCGCCACGCGCCUCCUCCGCGGCGGCCGCCCGCCGUGCGCCCCCGCUGCCUCUGUGCCGGUGCUUUCGCACCGCAGCCACCGCCAACUCUGCGGCCUCCCCUCCUCCGACGAGGAGCCCUCCGCUGCGGGGGAAGCCGAGCCGUGGGAGGAGACCGAGGCGAAGAUCCUCCGCGACGUCGAACCCGUCGUGGAGCUGGUCAAGGACAUCCUCCACUCCGACAGGUAUGGAGACGGUGGAUUUCUAAGCCCAAAUGAUGAAAAAGUUGUAGUAGAAAAGCUUCUUUCUCAUCAUCCUCGUUCAGAAGACAAGAUUGGUUGUGGUCUUGAUGCUAUAAUGGCACAAUGCCACAAUACCGUGACAUCCCCCUCUUUAUGUCAUUCAUAACCAAGGUUCCAAAGGGUGUUAGGCGCUAGGCAGGCGCUAGUCCACUGCCUAGCGACUAGGGUGCCUAAGCGUUAUAUAUUGAUAUUUGUAUGAAUCUGUUAUGUAACAUAUAGUCAUAUACACUAAUGUAACAACAUUUUGUAACAAAUUUGUAUGAAUAUGAUUAUAUAUUUAUAGAGAAAUGAAAAACAGAUUCAGUUGAGAUUCAUACCUGCUCUUGCACACUUGUUCUUGACUUCUUGUUCUUGCCUUCUUAUUCUUGGCUUCUUGCGUACAACAGCAGCUAACAAUUAGAGAGAUAAGAGAUGAGAAAUCCAGUAUUUAAACAACAAAUCAACAAUAAGAGAAGGGAAAAGGGUAGAAACUCAUCUCAUAGUGACAGCUGCAGUGCUGCACAUGCACAUCAGCUCCAAAUAGCAACACAACAAAGCAAAAAGCUCACAAAUCACAAAUAAAAUAUAGACACUCACAAUUCAUAAUAGUCACAAUAGUUCACAAAUAAAACAGCUCACAAGAGUCAAUGAGUCACAAAAGACACAAUAGGCAUAAUCACAUAAUAGUUCAUCAAACUUGCAUACUUAGAAAUUAAAGAUAACUUGGCACAUGAUGCCAUCAUGCAACCUCCUCACUCCACACAGGUAUUGGAGUUCAGAAUUUCAUCUUCAUCAUCCUCAUCCGUAUCCUCAUAAUCAAUCUCCUCAUCCUCAUAGUCAUCGUCUUCAGCUUUAGAUUCCCACUCUUCAUCUACCUCUCUAGGCAUUCGUGCACUCCUACAAGGCUAAAGUUGAUCAUUAGCUCCCAUUGCUUCUCCAAGGACACUCCAUGGUAUCCCCAUACCCGGCACUUCUCCCUCAUCCUCAUCCCUAAAGAGAACCAAUGCAUGAGCAUCCCCUCCCUCAAAGAAAAAUCCUUGAGCUUCAGCAGCAUCAGAACUUAGGAGGACUUCAUAGUUCUUUUUGCUCAUCUUCUCUUUCUUGGACAGCACUCUUAUUGAAUUGGAUGUAGACAGAGAGUUGAGGUGUUUUUGCUCAUCUGCGCGUACGGAUUCUGGUUCCGCGCCUAGACCGCUGUUGCAUGGCCCGUGUGGCGCUCACAAGGUUCGCGUUCAAGCUUAGGCCAACCUCGGACCACGGGGGUUCACGAAGCUGUAGAUAAGUGUGCUGCCCCUGCAUAGCCAAAUAGAUAAUCAGCAUGAAGA